UCCAGCAGCAGCCUGCGGAGGAAGCGUCAUGUGGAAGAUGGCGCUGUGUCGUUCAGCACUGGACAGCUCUCGUUAGAAUCAUUAAAACGCCAUCCAAACCAAAAAUUGAGAAAAUAACAACCGAAAGACAAACACAGAUUUUGCUUUGAUUCAUUUAGUCAGUCUGUCAGUGCUCGACAGAACGCGCGCGUCGUUUGGUGCAGAGACGAACCAGAAGACCCUCAAUGAUUCCUCUGCAGAGACCUUCUCUUCAAGAAUGGCCAAAGAAGCUUCAAAGCAACACCGCAAUGGCUCGAUGAGAGACUUCGAUGAAAUGGACUGAAAUUAUAUCAGUGGAUUUAUCCAUCUGUGAUCUUUUCAUUACAUGGAGGAGAGCACCGAGCCAAAGAAAGCUGUGGGAAUGACACAAUCGGACAGCCAUUAAAGUCUUUCAUUUGAUAUCAAGCCCGUUUUAAUGCUGGACUUCAUCUUAUCUUCAGCAUGCCAGCCUCUCUAGCAAUGCUGAUCAUGUCUGCGUCGUUUUUCAACCCGAGUUUUGCCCUCAGCUCUCAUUUCGACUCAGAUGGCGCUCCAUUGAGUGAAUUGUCCUGGUCUUCGUCUCUGGCUGUGGUGGCUGUCUCUUUCUCCGGACUCUUUACAUUUAUCUUCCUCAUGCUGGCUUGCCUGUGCUGCAAACGUGGUGACAUUGGCUUUAAGGAGUUUGAGAAUGCAGAGGGAGAGGAGUGCCCAGCGGACAUGUCUAUGCCGGCAUCGCCUGCAUCUCACAACGGUCCUGACGUCUACAUCCUGCCUCUCACUGAAGUCUCGCUGCCCGUCGCCAAGCAACCCGGCCGAUCAGUCCAACUCCUAAGGUCCACAGAUCUUGGGCGCCACAGCUUGCUUUAUGUAAAAGAGAUCGGACAUGGCUGGUUCGGCAAGAUAUUGUUGGGGGAGAUCCACUCUGGUCUCAGCAGUACCCAGGUUGUAGUUAAGGAACUGAAAUCCAGCGCCAGUGUUCAGGACCAGAUGCAUUUCCUCGAAGAGGCUCGACCAUACCGGUCUCUGCAACACCCGGCUCUAGUGCAAUGCCUCGCCCAAUGUACAGAUGUCACACCUUAUUUAAUGGUCAUGGAGUUCUGCCCUCUGGGUGAUGUUAAAGGUUACCUGCGCAGCUGUAGGGCAGCAGAUUCGGUGAGCCCUGAUCCUUUACUGCUUCAGAGAAUGGCAUGUGAGAUCACCUCAGGCCUACUGCACCUUCACAAAAACAACUUCAUCCACAGUGAUUUGGCUUUAAGAAACUGCCUACUAACAUCGGACAUAAGUGUCAAGAUCGGAGACUAUGGACUAUCACACAGCAAGUACAAAGAUGACUACUUUUUGACAUCAGACCAAACAUGGAUUCCUUUGCGUUGGAUAGCCCCUGAACUUGUGGAUGAGGUUCAUGGUAACUUGCUGGUUGUGGACCAAACUAGGGAGAGCAAUGUCUGGUCACUUGGUGUAACCAUCUGGGAGCUGUUUGAGUUGGGCAAUCAGCCAUAUCGCCAUUAUUCAGACAGACAGGUUCUUACUUAUGCUGUGAAGGACCAGCAAUUAAAGCUGCCAAAGCCUCUCCUCAAGUACCCUCUUGCUGAUCGCUGGUAUGAAGUAAUGCAGUUCUGUUGGCUUCAGCCUGACCAGAGGCCCACUGCAGAAGAAGUUCAUUUGCUACUUAGCUAUCUGUGUGCUAAAGGUGCCAGCGAGGCAGAGGAGGACUUCGAGAGACGCUGGAAUUCUAUGAGACCAAACACGAGCCAUGCUAAUCUACAUGGAGCAGGGGCACUUGCAAUUGACAUGCCCAUGUCAUCCACUUCUUCGUCAUUCCCCCUCCUGGAGCAGUUUCCCGCUGGAGAUGGUUACCACUCUGAAUCUGGGGAUGACAUCCUAACAGUGACUGAAACCAGCCAUGGACUCAACUUUGAGUACAAGUGGGAACAAGCUAGAGCUGAACAGCACUACCUUUCUUCUUCCACCACCGGCACUUUGGGUCAAGGCAAUCCUCACUGUCAGGAGGUCUUCUACCCUCCAGGUGGAAUGGUUGGGGGCUGUGCCGUUGAAGGACUUGCCUUAGGAGUUUCCCCUUCGUACUAUGAACCCAAGCAGCUGCAAACCCCAGUUGUGGUACCAGUCCUAAGUGCUCAUAGUCCAUCGAUGAGCAAUGAGUAUUACAUUCGCAUUGAGGAACCCGUACAAAGCAAUAUUGAUAUGAACUUCACCAUGUGUGCUUACAGUCCAGAAUUUGAAGGUAGCAAUGGAAGCUUUCUAACAGGUAGUGGAGACUCUGGGGAGUGUAUCAUCAGCUGUCCAGCUGAAACUAAGCCAGAUAUCUAUUGGGCAGCAGAGGUCCACAAAUGCAGUGCCUAUGAUUCAGACAUCAGUCCUGCUACAUCUUUAACUAUGGAGCCACUUUUAGGCCAUGGUAGCCCUCUCAGGCCAUGGGAGUCUGGUCACUAUGUUUCAUACAAAGACAGAGAUGGUGGUUACUAUUAUGAACCAUCUCCGCCUAAGAGAAUGGACCACUACCUGAUCGGAGGCCCAAUAGAUACUCCGCAAGAAAGCUGGGGGUCUCGGAGCCUAAGACAGGCUCUUGGGGAACUAGGGGACCCUUUAGGGGUCUCUCCAUCGGUCAGCAGUCCGCCACAUGACUAUGCUGAUCCUUACCUGGAGAACAUCCAAGGUACAAUUAUAGGAAAAAAUGUUACAGGAGGAUACUAUGAUAUGAUGGGUUCCUUGAGGAAGACUAUGCCAGGUAACCACUCUGUGUGUAUUGACAUAGCGACAGGUGGAGCUAUAUUUGUAGGGCGAGAUGACAGUGACUCAGAAGAAGAAGAAGAUAUAUUUGUGGAGAGGCGAGGUAGGAGCUGGUCCGCCAGCAAACCGGCUAAUAACACAAGGGGGUUUUGUCAGAGGCAGUUGUCUUGUCCGCAGGAUUCUUAUGCAGAUUUCCACUACACUAUGCCAAUGACAGAUGUUGAAGAUGCUUGGCCAGAAGAGCAGAGCCUGCCAUACCACAUGUCCAAACCAGUCGACUACUUGGAGGCACCCGUCAAGAGUAACGCUUGUUUAGUUCAUGGAAGACAUGUUGCUUCAAACCCUUCACCUGAGUGCAACCCAUAUUUACAUAUGUGCCAUGAACCCAGAGAGGCUGAAGUAUAUCCCGUACCAUGUUGUCAGGCUAUGAGUAGUUCACAUUUUGUGGACCCUCUAACAGGGGCACAUGUAAGAAAUUGCUUCAUGAUUGACUGUGUUCCAGGAAAAAGCAUUGGGUUUCCCCAAAAAGACCAGCAUCUAGGCCAAGCGCCUUUAUCUGCUGGACAUAUAGUCUCCAAAAUAGAGUCAUCAAGGGAUGGUUUAAAACAAUUUGACAUCUCCGAACAUUAUGUGGAUCUUGCAGUAGGGGACACAAUCGUCAAACAAGAAAAAGCAUUGCAUCAAGAUAUAAUUCCAACAGACCCUAAAACUGAAACCGUUACAAUCACAUCACAGUUGGAGAAAGCCCCAACCGAAUUAGUCGGUACAGAACCAGAAUCAGAGUUGAGUAAGACAGUGGACAGUGGUGUGGAUCGUGGACACUCUAGUAUCAGUCUGGUGGAAAUUUAUGACAGUAGCGAUGAUGAUAUCACUGAUGUAACCUCAGGGAUUUUUGGUGACUUCACAGUAGAAGUAGAAACUGCUGAGUACACCAAUCCAACAUUCAAGUCUUUACAAACGCAGCUUGGCACCCCAGACUCAAUAGACUCCAUUAACAUACCAUCUACAGUAUGUUCCAGUGAGACACUCAGUCCUGCCUUGAUCCAUCCGUCAUGCUCUCCCAAGACUGUGGACAGUGGUUAUGACACAGAAAACAAUGAAUCUCCAGAAUUUGUCUUAAAGGAACCACAUGAACUACAAGAUUCCAAAGCCUUAAUCCAACCCUUGGGGAAGGUAACAUCUGGGACUGCAUUUGUCAGCAAAGAUCAAGAGAUCGAAAUUGCACAAGCUGAGCAGCUAGUGGAAGAUGUUGAUAUCGUAAUUGCCUUAACAGCAUCUGAGAGCAGUGAUGGGGAGCUGAAUGCACUGAGUGAUAAAACGCCAUACAGAGAUUCUGCCUACUUCUCCGAUUAUGAUGCAGGCAAAGAUAAAGAAAGCGAAGAGGACAUCAAUGAAGUUGAGGAUCAGAAAGAUGAAAUUAUGAAUAAACAGGAACUAUUUUCUCAACUGGUGAUGGAUGUAGAUGAAAAUCGUUUGCCAAUGGAGAAUGAAGAAACGCUUAAACAGACUGAAGACGUAACCUCCACAGUUCUGCCAAAAGUAAAUGAAAGUGUUCCUGCUUGUGACCCUGCCAUCUGUAGUGUGUCUCUUCCAACUUCUGAGGAUGUAGUUUCUAUUAUAAAAUGUGUUGAUGUUGAAGAUCUUGGCAUAGAAUCAGAUAUUUCUGCUGAACUUGAACCACCUGAAACCCAAAUGAUUAAUUCGAAUGACUCCCCUGAGGCCAAUGCAAAGGAAGAGGAAAAAGUUAGGAGUGAGGAAAGUCCCCUUGACCUGCUAAGCUCCGAAGAUGAUGUUGCAAACCCCAACGAGUCCAUUCCAGAAGUCCUUAUUUCGGAAGAGAAGGUCAUAGUUAAUGAUCUGAGCUGUAACAUUAUGUCCCAAGAAGAACCAGUGACCUUUCAGAAGGAAACCGAGAAGGAAAUGGUGAUUUCCGAAGCAGAAAAUGACAGUUUAUCUGAUUCCCCUAAACUGGAGCAACUGGAACCCAGAAAUGAAAAUUCUAAAGAGGUUGGACAUAAGAGAAGCUUGACUCGUUCUUGUUCUCCUCCCCCUCCCUCUCCGCUAGAAGGACGGACAUCUCCUACAGAUGGAGAGGAGGCAGAUGAGGAAGAUGGCGACUCUGAGGACAGCGAUGAAUCGGAUGAGGAGCUGCGUACAUACAGCAUCCAGGAGCAAAGUGAAGAAAGUGAGGAUGAGAUCUUGCCUGUACCAAUUAUUGUGAGUGACUGCAGUGAUGCACACAAACUCCGAAGCCUACUGAAGAUGCCGACUCUGCAAAGCGAUACACUGUGCGAUGAAAUGGAGACUAGAAAGAAGGUGGUGUCCUUCUUUGAUGAUGUCACCGUUUAUCUGUUUGACCAGGAAAGUCCUACCAAGGAGCUGGCAGAUCACAGCUUUCCUCUUGAUGGAGAGUCGAGCAAACAGAGUACUAAGAGCAAAGUGCCAAACCAGCAAGACAAAGUCAAUGUCUCGGACGAUUCUUCUGACGGAAAUAUUUCAGAAGAGAGUGCAGGGUUGGAAUGGGAAGAUGAUUUCUCCUUGUUACCCCUUCCCACAUCUACCAAGGGGUCUCCUCCAGAUACAACCACAAAGCAGAGUCUACCGACCUGUAGCACUAAACCUGUGGCUCGGGUCUCUCGUUUCACCGUCUCUCCAUCCAAUGUGUCACGUUUCUCUAUAACACAUGUCUCAGAUUCAGAUAUGGAUUCUGCAGGAGGGAGCAGUGAAGAUGGGGAAAAGGAGUAAAUCAUCACUAUACUGCCAACCGUGAGCUGCACCUACAGACCCCUCAUUUAUUUUAAUUUUUUUUUGAGUUUGAAAAGUUGGAUCUCCUCAGAAAACUUGGAUCUUAAAGACUGUGCCUCUUAAUAUAAACAAACUCUGUACAGCAGCUCUUUUUAUAGGGCUUAGGAAUAAACACCUGAAGAAAGACUGAAAACACACAAAUGAAUCAUUUUAAAUGGAAGUUUUGAUGGAUCUGAUUGGUUUAAUACGGAGCUACUGGAAAUGAACUGUGACUGUUUACAACACAAAACCUACAAUACUGUAGUUUGAGUAAGUGUUCAAAACACACUCAAGGUAUGGUUGCACUAAAAAUCGGCAAGAAGAUCAAAAGAUGAGCAAACUGCAACAAAACUCUGAAGUAGCAAUGCCGGUAAUGUCAGUUUAGAAGAAUGAAGGGUUUUAAAAUGCUAUUUAACAGUGUUUAUAUGACUAAAAAAAAGUUUGACACAUGGCUGCCUUGUGUUUGUCACCUUACUAGAGUAGCAUAGUGUUAUGGUGAUGUGGCAAUCUUAAACCAGUUUUAUGAGUUUCUUGUAGAUUUCAAAUUGAUUUCUUUUUAAAGAAGAUUUUAAAACUUGUCAGUAUUUAUUUGUCAUUAUUAUACAUGGCUUUAAGUCAAUUUCCAUAUAUGGCAAAUGGUUUUGAUAUUUUGUUAUUCCCUUGUUUGGAGCCAAAUCAUGUCCCACUCAAUUGGGUUAAAAUGUUACAACUUUAAAU